CGCGCCCAUCCAGACAGCCGCCUGAAUGCCUGGGAUGAGCGCGGGACGACGGUGGUACGCGCGAGAGCUUGGCUGGGCCACGUAGCGGGGCUGAGGACGCCGGUGCGCAGGUACCACCGCAGCCUAUAACGAACAUCAACAAAUAAGCGCCCACAUUUUGCACACAAAGACCAUUGGCAGUGUCCCGUCUAAACGCACAUCCGUGAAUGUAGAGCGAACGAGCGAGAGAGAGCGAAAUGCGCGUGCAACCCUGAAUCUGUGCAACUCUGAUUGCACGAACGCAAGAGGGAGGUCGUCCUAGACGGAGGUAAUGCACAAUAAAUGGCUGCUCAAGCAAGACACAAAGGUGCUUACGGCAUUUCUCUUUUUGGCAUUCAGCUCGUCUUUACCUACUUUGCUGUUUGAAGACCCUGGCACUCUGCAGGGCAGGAGCCUGCAGCUCACCAGCUGGAGGGGAAUUUAGUUUUAAAUGUUGAGGAUCAACAACAAUAAGUCUUUGAUUUUGCCGUAUGAUUUUUAAGCACAUGGAACAAAAUUUGGAACUGAUUGUAUGUCUAUACAGCUGCAGUUCUUACCUUGGACAAUAUGGAUGCUCUCUUUGAAUCAGGUUGACUGUCUCUCACCUCAUCCCCUCCUUCCUGUCUUUUCAGUAGAAGGAGGGUGGGGGAUUAGCGUGGCGUCCCCUGCCCCUCCUUGUAGGGUAGGCUAGUCUACCUAGUCACCACCGUAAUUAAUCUUUUCCAUUGCUUUGCUCUCCCACCAACUCUACCCCUCCGUACCCUCUCCCUCUUCAUGAAAUCCUGCCAGAACCUCAAGGAAGAGGUUUCCAUCCCUAGUCUUGGCGGGAUGUCACAGGAGGAAGGACGUAGGGCACCGGUGUCCCAGUCCUACUUUCCUACAAACCCAGACCUGGAUUUGACAGGAAAACUUUAUAAGAGGGAGGUUGGUGGCAAGCCUUAUUCUGUGUUAGUGGACAAUAAGAUGGCAGCCAAGACAUCCAUGGGAGAUCAGAACAUCGGUCAGGUGCCCACACAACACGUGACUCAACACCAACAUCAGCAGUAUUUCAGAGAGGGAGUUGCUGGGCAGGAGGUGGGGACACAGGGGUCCCAGGCAGGCAAUGACGGAUCCUCUGAUGACACUGAAGAUGAUGAUGAAGAUGAGGAAGAAGAGGGUGAGGAUGGUGAGGAGGGCUUCAAGCGUGAGCAGAUCAUUGUGGAGGUUAACCUGAACAACCAGACACUUCAUGUAUCCAAGGGGGACAACAAAACUGGAACCACAGCGGACGACUCGGAGAGUGUUGGAAGUGAUGAUGAUGAGGAAGAGGAGGAGGAAGAGGAGGAGGAGGAAGAUGAGGAGAGCCCUGAGGAAGAUGAGGAGGAAGACGAGGAGGAAGACGAGGUUGAAAGUCAAAGAACACGGUCAAAGAGAACCCGUCGAGGGGCUAGUGGUGCAGCAGCCCCCAGCCAGCCACGGAGGAAAAGCCUCAGAACAGCUCUGGGCGCCAGCACUGCUGGAAUGACCACCAGAGGGCGGCGGAAACGCAUGGAGCCUCCAAAGAGUAAGGGCAAGUCAGCCAGGUCAGCUCCCUCGUCUGCUCUGACUGUGACAUCAGGAGGGAAAGCAGAGGUGGAGGAGAAGGAGAUGCUGGCAUGUGAAAAGUGUCCUCGAGUAUUCAACACAAGGUGGUACCUGGAGAAACACAUGAAUGUCACACACAGACGAAUGCAGAUCUGUGACAAGUGCGGCAAGAAGUUUGUCUUGGAGAGUGAACUAGCCUUGCACCAGCAGACUGAUUGUGAGAAGAACAUUCAGUGUGUUUCCUGCAGCAAGUCUUUUAAGAAACUUUGGUCAUUGCAUGAACACAUCAAAAUUGUGCACGGCUAUGCAGAAAAGAAGUUCUCAUGUGAAAUCUGUGAGAAGAAAUUCUACACUAUGGCUCAUGUCCGGAAGCACAUGGUUGCUCACACGAAGGACAUGCCAUUCACCUGUGAAACAUGUGGGAAGUCAUUUAAGCGCAGUAUGUCUUUAAAAGUUCACUCACUCCAGCACUCUGGAGAGAAGCCCUUCCGCUGUGAGAACUGUGAUGAACGGUUCCAAUACAAGUACCAGCUGCGCUCCCACAUGAGCAUUCACAUCGGACACAAGCAGUUCAUGUGCCAGUGGUGUGGCAAAGACUUCAACAUGAAACAGUAUUUUGAUGAGCACAUGAAGACACACACAGGGGAGAAGCCUUUCAUUUGUGAGAUCUGUGGAAAGAGCUUCACCAGCCGGCCCAACAUGAAACGCCACCGCCGCACCCACACAGGCGAGAAGCCCUAUCCCUGCGAGGUGUGCGGCCAACGCUUCCGCUUCUCCAACAUGCUCAAAGCACACAAAGAGAAGUGUUUCCGGGUCACCAGCCCUGUCGUCCUGCAGACUAGUGGCCCACCUGUGCCUGUCCGGAUCUUUGCCAACACCUUUUCCUCUUCUUCCUCCACCUCUGGGCCCGGGCCCUCAGCUGCCACCCCGGCCACCACCUCAGCAACAAUGGGCCUCAACCCGACGGGAGGGUCUAUUCCUCCUCAAGGCACUGUGGGGCACACAUUCUCCCAUGUGCCACUCCAUUCAGCACCCUCUCACCAUCAUCCCCACCCCUCAUCAACCCAGCAGCACCUCUCAAGCACACCCCAACAUGCCCAGCCCCACCCCCACCACCACCUAGCAGUGCCCCCUGUCUCCCACCUUCCCCCACCUCCAGCUCUUUUCAAGAGUGAGCCUCUAAACCACUGUGGGCAUGAAGACAGCAGUUACCUGCACCACAUGGCCCCCCCCGAUAAGGGCCCUGGAGCCCCGCAGCACCACUGAACUGUGCUGCUGGUCUGCAGGCCAGCACCAAACCACGCCUUGUUCCUCGUCUUCUCAUAGUCCUGCCUCCGUUUUUUGUUUUUUUUUUCCCAGUUCCAAAGCCCCUAAUGUCAUGUCUGCAGAGAGGGCAUAGCAUGACCAGCACCAUUACUCACUAUGUGUCUACACAGGAGACUUCAGGCACUAUAUUCUAAUGUGUGUUUUAUAAGUGCUCAGAGCCCAAUAAACAAGCACUGUAGUUAUGUGCUUGUGUAUACAAAUUUGUGCAUAUAGUGCAAGUAAAACACAAAGCAUUAUACAGCCCUGCUUACUGAUCUCUUUUUCCAUUAGAAAAGGAUGAGAUGGAUCGCUGAAAAAGUGGUUGAAGCUCUUUCUGUGUGGACAUAACGCAAAGGUGCUCCUGUUGAACAGAUUUAUCUAACUCAAGCUAAACAUUAUACACCCCUGUGUGUAUUGAAGACAGACUUACGCACCCUCAGUGUACACAUCAUCAUUUAAAACCCUGAUUAACUGACAGAUAUUUUACAAACUCAAGAAUUUUUUCUUCAAUAGGUUCUGCAAAAACAAUUUUAGUGUGAGUUCUCAGUUUAUACCCAUCAAUGUACAGACUAUCUACUUUUCAUCAAAAGCUGCUGAUGGAAGUCAUCAUAUGUAUUACCUGGGCUUCACUGAUCAAGAGAUCAGUGUCAUUGAUUCCUCUUUAUGUCAACUUGACCAUAAGGUCGCACAUUGGUCAGGGCUUGAGCUUUCUGUGCAGGUCCUCCCCAUAGCAAUACUGCACCUGUCCUCCUAGUUGUACUGCAGAGCCUCGGGGCCCCACAGAAAUGUUUAAUGAAUGUUGUAACUGGUUCUACCUGAGCCUUUCUCUGUCUUAAGGCUGAGUCCUGGCCUUUCUGUCAGAGGGGCAACAGCAGUUGUGCAAGAUGCAGUGCCAUAGGUUACAGUGAGGAAGGGGGGAGGAACUUUGGUAAAGGACACUGGUCAAAAGAUUUUGUAAAUGGUUAGUUGAAUCUGGACUUAGUCUGAGAUUCAUUACAUGGCAAAAUGGUGCUUUCCAUUCCAGUACACGUAAUAUUUCUUUUGUUUCUGCUUUUUUUUAUUUCCAGAAGUAUGAAAUACAUAAUAGCAUUGCAUUGUGUCAUACAGAACAUGUCUUGCCAGUCUGGCUUUUCUACAGCGGAUUUAAGGUUUGACUAGAUAUUUUGUGAUCAAGACAACUCUAGUUAUGCAGGACAUUGCCUAGGUGCGCACACACCCUCACACUCUCAAGCACACACACACAUUCACACGAAAGACCACAUGGUCACUGAUUUACUGACUUUAAUCAGUGCUGCCUCAGCUUUCAAUACUGUUGGCCAACAGAAGCUUUUAGAUAACGGAUGACUGUCGAGUACUGCCACUGUGAGGGGCCAGCCGCGUGGCCCCAUCAGGAUUUAUCCCACCUCCCUUCGCUGCUGUCGAUGAUACGGGUUAUCACGUUAAAGGUCAUUUGACACACACAGACAGUAUACACAACUGGGACCUUUUUUCAUCAAAGUUCUUAAUGGGAAAUUAUGCAUAUUCCUCUCAGCCUAUAUUCCACAGUUUGGUAUGGGGUGGCGUUAUUACUAAUUUUUUUUUUUCUUCAUUUUUUGUACUUUGAUCGUACUGACAUACUUUGAUCCACACAGGCAAAUGCAUGUCUAAAGCUGUUGAAUGUUGCCUACGCAGAAUGAUGGCCGAUAACUCAUUUAUAUGUAUGGGUAUUUUUUUUUUGUUUGUUUUUUUUUUUUAUUUAAUGUCUUCUGCUCAGUUUUAAGCUAAUGAAUGCUUCUGUCAUGUAGAUAGGAAAUGACAGGAUAAGAAGCAGUGGUCAUACAAUUUCUAAUACUUGGAAUUCUUGUAUAGAUAAACAUGUUUGAUCAAAUCAGCUUAUUAAAUUACAUUUAUUAAUGUAAUAGCCAA